AGUUUAAGUGCCUUAUCCCUUCUUAAUCCACUUUACCUUCUGUUGCGUGCAGGUGGGUAUGUCAGAUGAAGAUAAAGAACGAGAGAGAAUGGUUUUAUUGUGGCAGUAGUAUAGGCUAGUUUGUGUUCCCAUAUCAUGGACUUGAAACAACAGUUGACGAGAUUUUGAUAUUGUGGGUUUUCAGAGGGCGCCUAUUGGGAACAUUAUCUGUUGUGGAUCAAUACCUUAAGAGGACCAUGGAGGACCCGGAUUUACGUCAACAAAAGCUGGACAAUCAGCGGUCCCUUCUGAUGAAGAAACAGCAGAGGAGGCGGGCCGAUGCCCAAAUGGUCACAGCCAAUCGAGACGCGCGGCCCAAGAAGAGCAAACAGAAGUCUGGUGGGGCUGAUGACACGGCCCUGUUGAUUAGCCAAUCCCAGAGCAACAACUCCUUGAAUGACUCACAGGUUGAACAUGCCCAUGACAACCCACUGGAGGAAAUCAGCCUAGGAGAACUUAGUAUCCAAACAAAUGGAGCCUCAGAGGAGAUGACGCCAGAGAAGCCCAUCAUUACCAAGACCAUGGACCUAGAAAUGGACUCACAGCCAAACCCCAAAUAUGACCUAGAAAAUGGUGAACAAGUGGAGGAAAAGAAGACCAAGAAGAAAGGAGUUAAAAAAGGGUCAACUAAACAGUUGGAACAGACUGAGGAUGAAGAAGUACAAGGAGAGAAAGACAAGAAGGAAAAAGAGAAAGAGAAGAAAGAAAAGAAGACCAAGAAAAAGGACAAAGUGAAAGGAGCGGCCUCUGACGGUAAAGAUAAAGGAGCCAAAGCCAAUGACUCACACACAGAGCCAGAAUGUCCAGCCAUUCAGAUAGACUCAGUCACGGAGCUUCCCAAAUUAAACAUGCCCCUGGACAGAGAUGAUGAGGAGGGGAGGGACUGGUCGAAAAGCCCUGUUCCAUCGACACCCAGAAAGAAACAACUGAACACAUCAAGGUGCCAAAUAAGCGACAAUGAGAGCAGGGAUGAUGAAAUUCUCGAGAGAGAGAAAACACCAAGAAAGACAAAAAAAGGGGAGAAAACCAAGACCAACCUGGCAUCCCUUAACACCAAUUCCAGGCAACAGUCCACCUCAGACAAUGACUCAAUUGGAAGAUCCUCUCCCCUGUCGGUGGAGGACCUGGAACAGUUUGCCCUGCGUCCUGCCCCCAGGGAUACGACCAUUCAGUGUAGGAUCACACGUGACCGGAGGGGUGUGGAGAAGGGGAUGUAUCCCACCUACUACCUCCACAUGGAGAAGGAAGAUGGCAAGAGGGUUUUCUUAAUGGCAGGCAGGAAGAGAAAAAAGUGCAAAACUUCCAAUUACCUUAUCUCCAUCGAUCCCACAGAUCUGUCUAGAGAUACUAACAGUUACAUUGGCAAAUUAAGAUCCAAUGUUUUGGGCACAAAGUUCACCGUAUACGACGGUGGAGAGAACCCAGACAAGAAGCCCUUCAUCAAAGAGAGCGAAUCAGUCCGUCAAGAGCUGGCUGCCAUCUGCUACGAGAGGAAUGUUCUUGGAUUUAAGGGCCCAAGGAAAAUGAUCGUUAUCAUUCCUGGCAUGAAGGACAAUGAUGAAAGAGUGUGCAUUCGUCCAAAAAGCGAUAUAGAAUCUCUGCUGACCCGCUAUGAGAAUGGGAAUAGUGAAAACCUGGUCAACCUGAUGAACAAGUCACCCAGCUGGAAUGAGCAGACCCAGUCCUAUGUGCUCAAUUUCCAUGGGCGCGUCACUCAGGCCUCAGUCAAAAACUUUCAGAUCGUCCACCCCGACAACGAGGACUACAUAGCGAUGCAGUUUGGCCGCGUGGCCGAGGAUGUCUUCUCCAUGGACUACAGCUUCCCCAUGUGUGCCCUCCAAGCCUUUGCCAUCACUCUGUCCUCCUUCGAUGGCAAACUGGCCUGCGAGUGAAAGUCUUUAACAGUGGCUCAACAGUUGUGGAUAACUCAACUAUUACUCAAAUAGUAUUUGUAUUUAUUGUAAAUGUGGAUUCUAGCUCUGGCCAUGUUUGUUGUUGUUUUUGUUUUUAAGGUCUGAGGUUGAUCAAUUUUAUCAAACAUAUGUUCAAUGAAAUUUAUGAGGUACUGAACAAGUUUAAAGUACUAGUUUUCCAUUUCUGUUAUUUAAGUAGAUUAUCGUUGAGGCUGAAAACAUUAGACAAUCUGGAGGUUAAUCUCUGUCCUCCGGGGAUGUCAUGUGGUUAGGCACUUUCCUCUGUAUAUUAUAAUCACUAAAGUAUGAUAAGCACAGGGACAUGUAAAAGCAUCAACAAAACAAAAAAACAAAAUCUGCAAAAGGGUUCAAACCCUUACUGCUAUAGUGCAUAAAUAUCAAUUUCAAUUGACCAUUAACUGCAUGAAGACUGCUCGAAAUCACAAAUAAGUCCAUUUGUAGUAUUAACUUAAAAUAUUGUUUACAUUCCACUGGAUAUUGUGUGCAACGUCUAAGUGAGUUGCACAAUAAUGUCUGUAUUUAAGACAACUGAAUUUAUGAAGACAAAUAAACAAUACUGAAUUUACCCCCUUUGAGUGGUUAAUAAUUCUAUUACCUAUUUCAACAUUUUGACAAAAGAAUUGAGGUUUGUUCUUGACAUGGUUUUAGUGUAUAACUGGCCUCUAUCAGCCCCCAACUGUGCCCAAAGUCAUCUGAUCACUUGGAAUAAACACUAUUAUAAGCCAAAUGAAUUAAUUACUGCUUGUCUGUACGUUUAGUUUGUGUGUUCAGUUGAAAGUAAAACUAUGGCGGAAACACUUAUCUUUGGGAGUGAAUGCAUAUAACAAUCUAAGUUACUUUAACCAAAAGUUUGAGGGAGAUGCUGAUAGGGGCUACAACUCAAGAUGUCUUAACUUGCGCAAUGUCACAAGUUCUUGUCUACAAGAACACUGUCACAGAUAAUAGACUGUUGUGCU